CAGUGUUUAGAGGUGACUUUUAUUUUGAAGUUCAGUUCCCGGAAGUAAAAUAAAUGAAUUUGCAGAACGACGAGGGAAGACAUGAGCAGCUCUGGUGCAGACAUGGUCUCCUCAGAUUUCAAAAGUUUGGUCCGGCGUUUUUAUGCCCUUCAGACUGAGCGCAUGGAGGCGUAUAAACUGUUUGAAGAAGGUCAUGAGGCGUACCUGAGGACGGGCCCACAUUAUGACUUUGAGCAUUACAGACAGCUGGUUCACGAGAUCACCAAAGCGUUCUGUGGCAUCUCCAAAGAGAUGCUGGAGAUUAAAGAUCGCCUUCAUCAGGACUUCGACCGAGCGGAUCUUUCUGAACACAUCGAGAAGCUGCAAACCAAGGAGAAACAGAAAUUAGAGUUGACAGCAAAAUUACAGCUGGCCAAACAGAGUGCACAAGAUCAUCCAGAAGAUCAGAGCUAUCAGGAGAAGGUCCAGGAGAUCAAACAGACCAUCAUAAAAAACAAGGAGUCUUUGAGUGAAAUCAUGCAGGAUUUUAAGUACGAUUCAGAGGAUGCAGAAUGAAACUCUGAGGCUGAAUACCAGGAUGGAUAUAGAUGGAGCUUGCACCCAUGACACGUCCUGCCAAAGAUGUUAUGGUGUGUGUGCAGUGUGAGUGCACGGUGUGUAGGUGUUCCUGUUCCUGCGUUCGGAGAUGUGGAAGAGCCACUUCUGAUACAGUUUCCCUUGAUCCUGUAGUUUUAGCAGAUUUUCAACAACUGCAACUUAACCAAGAAAAAAAAUCGCACCAUUUACAGGUGAAUGUAUUUAUUCUACCGGAGUAAGUAAACUGUUCUGUCUCUUGAAAGCCUACGUGAUUCAGAACCAUUUCAACAGGUACUUAAAAGAACAUGCAGCAGAUUCCAUGUGAAAUUCUUAGGAUGCAUUAUGUGAAUAAAUAUUUUUUUAUUUGAA